AUGAAUAGUAAUAUUAUAAAAUCAAUUGACAUAAUACCAAAUAAUAAUAAUAAUAAUAAUAAUAGUGUAUCAACAGUAAACACAAAUAGUAGUGUUAUUAAUAAUAAUAAUAAUAAUAAUUAUAAUAAUAAUAGUAUUAGUAAUGGGAAUAAUGAAAGAAUAAAAGUUUUCAUUGUUCAUGGUCAUAAUAAUAUUGUAAGAGAAAAAGUUUCAAAAUUUUUAUUUGAAAUGGGAUUUGAACCAAUUUUAUUAUUUGAAAAACCAAAUAAUGGUCAAACAAUAAUUGAAAAAUUAGAGAAAGAAAUUUCAAAUUGUAAAUUUGGUAUUGUAAUAAUGUCACCCGAUAAUAAAGCUUUUACUAAAAAAGAUUCAAAUUCUGAUUAUGUUGAAAUUGCAUAUCCAAGAUUAAAUGUAGUUUUCGAAUUUGGUUAUUUAAUUGGAAAAUUCGGUAGAUCAAAUGUAAUUUAUUUAUCGGUUCCAUAUAAUGGUAAAUCUCAAAAUUAUGAUUUACCUUCUGAUUUAUUAGGCUAUGUUUGGAUAAAUUAUACUGAAGAUUUAAAAGAAUUAGAAAAUGAAAUUAAUUUUGGAAAUUAUAAGAAAUUAUAA